AGUAUAAAUAUCUGCAUGGAGUCCCUUUCACUUCAGUCUGGUGGUUUACCAAUUAACAACAACAUGACUUCUCUAAUCAUUCCUUUCUUCUUUCUUUUAAUAGGAUUUCUUCAUGGCCAGGAGAAGGCUGCUUGGGUUGACAUCUGUGCUAAUGGGUUCAAUGUUCCUAAUGAGUGUUGCCAUAAAAACUUAGACGCAAAAACUGAUGAAGGUAUGGAGGGUCAUGAAUACUAUAUAGACAUCACUACUCCUAGAGAUUACUUUGAUCAGCAUAUUCAUUGUUUAUCCUAUACCUUCUCAGACCCCACCCAUGGAUAUCAGCUAGCAACCUUUGAAACCAGGAAGGAGAACUAUUGUGUAGCAAAGUAUAUCAACAUGAUGUAUCCUAGUUCCAACCUCAACUUCUAUAUUGGACUUCAAGCAGAUACUUCAGAUUAUCUAAAAAAUGCAUUUUUCUGGGAUGAUCCAAUGACAGGUCAUGUUGGUGCAUUAGUUCCGGCAGAUCCUGAUGCUAAUGUUCCAACCUUUACUAACUGGGCUAAUAAUGCUCCUAAUAGACUGGAUUGUGUAAGAAUGAGUACUGGACCAUCAACUGCAACUAAUGGACUCUGGAAUGAUGUAGCAUGCAAUACUAGGUUUUUCUCCAUUUGUGAGCGCUAUGUAAAGAAGUAAAUGUGUAAAGGUUCCAUAACCAAUAUGUAUAUUUGCUUAAAUGAUUCAAUGUCACACCCUAAUUUUGGUAUUUGUUCUUGUAAACUAAUAUGGGCAUUGUACUUAAAUGUCAUGUUUCAAUUUUCAAUUUCAAUAAAUCUGAUAAAAGCAUC